AUGGCGUCCAAACCUUCAUCACCGGCACCAAAGCCAACGCCAACAACGCCAGCAAAACAAGCGCGAUCUAGAAAGGCUGUCCCUGCAAGCAAUGCUGAACAGGGAAGAGCAGGAUCAGCAGGGGGAGUUCUUUUACCAAAAGAAGCUAAAUCAAAGCCUUCAACAUCUACGACGAAAAAGACUACAGCUGUCCCUACCACAGAGGAAACAGCUGCACCAGCAGCUAAUACACAGAAACGGAAGCCCAGAAAAUUGAACAAGGAGCCAACCUCAACGUUAACAGACACUACAAAGCCUCCAACCCCCACCAAAACAUCUGCAGACGUACCCACCGCCUCCGAUCUUGAAGCCCUAAAAUCUCGCGUCAGAGGCCUCGAAGCCAAGGUUGAAGAAUUGUACAGAGCUGGAGCAAUAUCCGAUUCACGUCCCGGUCGUUCACCUCGUCGACGAGGAAAAGGUCGCAAGACCUCGUCUGCAACACAAGUCCCAACACUGAGUACAUCUAGCAGAGUUCAAGAAGUGGACGAUGAUGAUGACGACGUAGAAGAAGUGGUCCAGGUACAAGAGGAAGAAGAAGCUGAUGAAGAGCUUGUAAGACUAGAAGGCGAACUCGAAGUCGCCCGCCAGGACCUAGAAUCCUACCGUCCCCGAACCCGCCAUACUACAAGCAAUGCCACAUCCGGGGUUGAAGAGGUUGAUAGGAGCGCGACUGGUGGCACUGGUCGGCAAGUCACACUGAGUGGCAGUUACCGCAUCCCCAUUCCCGCAAACGUCAACUUGGAAGACGUGCAGACGAUCAAAUCCGGUGUCUCUGCAGCACAGAAUGUAGCACGCUCGUUUCUUGAACAACGGCGUGCGCUGCGAGGUCAAGACGUCGCCCCUCCUUCGCCUUCAUCAACGACCAGGCCUGCGAAACAGAAACCUGCGACUACGACUACAACUUCGCAAACGCUCAGGCCAAAGCGCAGUAUGAGCUCGAAUCUAGAAGUUGCCGUGGAUAACAGCGAGGGCAAGCAGAGCUGGAGCGAGUGGAUUGGCGGAUACAGUAUGGCGAUUACGAGGGCCGUGGGCAAGAUUGAACAUGAGGCUGCGCUUGAGGCAAAGAGGACUGCUGGUGGAGGGGGAAGCGGCAAUGUACUGACGGCAGCUAGGAAGAAGACAAAUGCGACGGCUACGCCUAAGAAGGCGGGCGAGAUUACCUGCCAGCGUUGGGAUUUCCAGAGGUCAGUUUAUGGGUUUACGUAG